CCGGAAGCACUUCUAUUGUUUAAGGUGCAAGUCAGCGGUAUAGCAAAGUUAAGAGUAUUUCAUCUCGGUUAUAUUUUUAUAUUAAGUAAUAAAAGAAGUUUAAAUAAUUCUAUAAUUUAAAAAUAUGUUCCUCACACGAUCAGAAUACGACAGAGGUGUAAAUACAUUUUCACCAGAAGGUCGUCUUUUUCAAGUGGAAUAUGCAAUUGAGGCUAUUAAAUUGGGCUCGACUGCUAUUGGUAUCUGUACCAAGGAAGGGGUUGUACUUGCUGUUGAAAAGCGCAUAACAUCACCUCUAAUGGAACCAUCAACGGUAGAAAAAAUUGUUGAAGUGGAUACUCACAUCGGCUGCGCUACAUCUGGUUUAAUGGCUGAUGCAAGAACUCUUAUUGAUAGAGCAAGAGUUGAAUGUCAAAAUCAUUGGUUUUCGUAUAAUGAACGUAUGUCAAUUGAGUCGUGUGCCCAAGCAGUUUCUAGUUUAGCUAUUCAGUUUGGUGAUAGUUCAGGAGGUUCAGCUAUGUCCAGACCAUUUGGGGUCGCAAUUUUAUUUGCAGGUGUUGACGAAGGUCAACCUCAAUUAUGGCACAUGGAUCCAUCUGGAACCUAUAUUCAAUAUGGUGCAAAAGCUAUAGGAUCUGGUAGUGAAGGAGCGCAGCAAAAUUUACAAGAUAAUUAUACACCAGAAAUGAGUUUAAAUGAUGCUGUUGAUUUAGCACUAACCACAUUAAAACAAGUAAUGGAAGAAAAAUUAAAUUCCACAAAUGUUGAAGUUAUGCUUAUGACACCAGAAAAAUUAUUUAGAAUGCAUACUAAACAAGAAGUUGAGGAUAUUAUUGAAAAACUAAAUUAAAAGUAUCUCAAAAAAUGCUUUUGAUGUUUUGUAAACCUCUUAAAAAUUUUUUUUUUAUUUUAAUAAAACAAUAUGAAUAUGAUGAUAAA